AUGGCUAGCAUCAAAACCAAGCGUAAGUGUCUUACCCUCGAUACCAAGAUGGAGAUCAUCCGGGCUGUGGAUGCGGGGGCAAAGAAAGCAGAGGUCGGUCGCCAGUACGCCAUCGUCUCAAGUACACUGUCAACCAUUUUGAAGAACCGAGAUGACAUCAAGUCAAGAUUUGAGUCGUCGAAGUUUCAACCGUCAAGAAAAAGAUGCCGCACUGCUUUGCUGGAAGAUGUUGAGGAGGCACUCCUACGGUGGUUUCAAGGGAUGCGCGCCAAAAAUCUUCCCGUCAACGGACUUCUCCUUCGCGAAAAAGCAGAGCGGCUGUCCGAGAUGUUGGGGCACGGGAACUUCCAAGCAAGCUCGGGUUGGCUUUCCCGAUUUAAAGAGCGGCACGGCAUUCUACACAAGCAGAUCUGCGGGGAAAGUGCCAGUGUUGACCCGACAUCUCUCACGACCUGGCUGAAAGAAACCCUUCCCGGCAUCAUCCGUGGCUACGAAGCCAAGGAUAUUUUCAACGCUGACGAGACUGGUCUUUUUUACCGCCUCACUCCAGACAAGACUUUGUCAUUUAAAGGUGAACAGUGUCAUGGUGGCAAGCAGAGUAAGGAGCGGAUGACGGUGAUGCUGUGUUCCAACAUGGAUGGUUCCGAGAAGCUCAAGCCACUUGUCAUCGGGAAGUUCAAGAACCCACGCUGCUUCAAGAAUGUUCAAUCUCUUCCGGUGACAUAUCGGGCCAACCGAAAGGCAUGGAUGGUCUCAGAUCUUUUCACCGAAUGGGUCCGGCGUUUGGAUCGAAAGUUUUCCCGCCAAAGUCGCAAGGUUCUUCUGUUCGUGGACAACUGCGCGGCUCAUCCAAAAGUUCAAAACCUUCAGGCCAUCACUCUGCAAUUCCUACCUCCAAACACGACUUCCCAUCUUCAACCCAUGGACCAAGGUGUCAUCAUGAACAUGAAAGUUCACUAUCGGAAGCAUUUAGUGAAAAGUCUCCUUCACAGCUAUGACUCAGGUGAAACUCCCAAACCUAUUGACGUUAAGCAGGCAAUUUAA